AUCGUUACUAAGGUCAAAGAAGGCUGAAGUUAGUUUGUAAGUUAAUCGGUCAGUCAGUCAAUCGUACAUCGGCGCCUGAAAAUAAUCGGAUUUGUGACACUGGCCUACGUAGUGUUUCACCUCCAUACGAUUUUUUGAACAUUAAUUCUGUGAUAUCAUAUACACUGCAAAAUGACUACUCAGGCGAAGAAGAGGAUAUGUAUUGUUGGAAGCGGCAAUUGGGGAUCAGCCGUUGCUAAAAUUGUGGGCGCCAAUGUUGUUAAGUAUAACAACAAAUUUGAAACACGCGUUACAAUGUAUGUCUAUGAAGAGAUAGUGAAUAAUCAAAAGCUGACUGAAAUCAUAAAUACAAUGCAUGAAAAUGUAAAAUACCUUCCUGGACACAGGCUUCCAGAAAAUAUUGUUGCCGUUCCAGAUGUCGUCGAAGCUGCAAAAGAUGCGGAUAUUCUUAUAUUUGUAAUACCUCAUCAAUUCAUACGAACUUUAUGUGCAACAUUGUUAGACAAAAUUAAACCAACUGCAGUUGGAUUGUCAUUAAUUAAGGGUUUUGAUAGGGGAGAUGGAACGAACAUCGAAUUGAUCUCCAAAAUUAUCGAAAAACACUUGAGAAUUCAGUGUUACGUUUUAAUGGGUGCCAAUCUGGCUAAUGAAGUCGCUGAAGAAAAAUUCUGCGAAACAACUAUUGGCUGCAGAGACAAACGACUAGCGCCACUAUUGAGAGAUCUCAUUCAAACACCGAAUUUCAGAGUGGUAGUUGUAGAAGACUGUGAAGCAGUUGAAGUGUGUGGCGCAUUAAAGAACAUUGUGGCAUGCGCUGCUGGCUUUGUAGAUGGUAUGGGAUUAGGCGAUAACACAAAAGCAGCUGUCAUCAGAUUAGGGUUGAUGGAGAUGGUUAAGUUUGUAGACACUUUUUAUAGUGGUUCAAAACUUUCAACAUUCUUUGAAAGUUGCGGUGUAGCAGAUUUAAUCACUACUUGCUACGGAGGAAGAAAUCGCAGAGUGUGCGAACAAUAUGUAAAAUCUGGCAAAACAAUCAAACAACUUGAGGACGAACUUUUAGGUGGACAAAAGUUACAAGGUCCAGCCACUGCCGAUGAAGUUCAUGGAAUGUUAAAGGGUCGUAAUUUAACUGAAAAAUUCCCGUUAUUUACUGCAGUACAUCGUAUUUGUACUGACCAAAUAAGGCCAGCAGAUUUACUUGAUCAAAUUCGCAAUCAUCCUGAGCAUGUGAUGAGAGUUGAAGGUGUUGAAGAAUCGUAGUUGAGUGUUCAAGAUCACUUAAUAUGAAACUUAAUAAGGAUCAUAUUAUCCUCAAAUUUAGAAAUAUUGCACAUUUUGAGUACAAAUAGACUCAUGUGAAUCAACAAUAUUGAUUUAAAUAUACUCGUAAUAAUUCAUUAUUAGUUCAUAUUACAGUAUAACAGUUCUUUGUGUACACAAAUGUAUGACUGUACUAUGAAAUAUGUAA